AUGACUGAAUUAGCGAAGGUAGUACAACUCCGCAACACGCCGGAGAUGGGCGAGUUCAUGGACCAAAUAGUUGCGGACAUAACAACACCCGAUACUAUGAGUAACGACGAGUUUAUUAAGCGUCUGCGCAUAACUACCGAAGACACGACUCAAGUGAGUCAAGUUGAUAAUGACUACGAGAGAGAGUUGGUGUUCUACAGACAAGCACUGACCUCUGUCGUACAAGCGCGUCAGAUCUUUAACGAAAUGAAAUACCCAUACAAACGCCCAGCCGAUUAUUUUGCGGAGAUGUUCAAGGACGAUUCCCACAUGGACAAGAUCCGUCCCGAGUUGAUGAAGAUUCAAAAGAAGAUCGAUGCUGUCGAACAACGUAAAAAGAAUUUGAUUGUCCAAAAAGAAGAGAACAACGCCAAGCGAGAGAAGCGUAAACAAGAAACUAUUCGAAAGGUGAAGGCAAAAAAGGACGAGCGAAAGAAGCGAUUCAGAGACAAAGCCUAUUCACAAAUGGGCCGCAGCGACGGAAGUAGUAAAUUGAACGACCACAAGUCGGGAAAAUCUAAAGGUGUCUUUUCAAAGCGCGUGAAUAAAGGCGGGAAGAGUAGUGGGCCCAAAGGAGGGAAAGGAAAGCCCAUGGGUGGCAAACGAGGAGGUAAAAGAUGA